GAGGCCUUGAACGAACCUGGACGGCCCGACGAGGGCGCACGCGUAAAGGCCCCGAAACUUCGGCGAGGGCGAUGGACGGCUGCGGCGGCGAUGGCCGCCGUCCUCGCGCCGUCUUCAUGGCCUUCGGCACCCACGGCGACGUAUUCCCCAUCGCUGUAUGCCUCUCCUCUCUGUGCGUGGUGUGUGUGUAUUAGUGCUCAGGCCCUUGCUGCAGCUUUUUCUCUUGAUCAACAGCAGUACAGUGUGGUGUUCAUCACUCAUUCAGCACAUCAGAAUUUAUCGGCACAUCUAGCAGCCAGUAAUGUCAGGUACAUGCCUGUGUCUAGCCCACCUGUCCUUGCUGCUAAACAGCUUGAGAAUAUCGCAUAUGGAUCUGUUGAAUCGAACGCUGAAUAUGAGUCAUUUUCACGGCGAAAAGAGACCAUUCAGAUCGAGCACAGGGAAGAGUGUUUAUCUUAUGUUGAAGAAGUGUUUGGAAAUGAUCCAAGCAUUCGUAGUGACUUCAUUGUGAUAAAUUUCUUUGCCCUGGAGGGUUGGCAUCUUGCAGAAUUGUUUCAAGUUAAGUGCAUCAUUGCUGCUCCAUAUUUUGUUCCAUAUAGUGCUCCUACAUCAUUUGAACGCCAAUUUAAACAAAGUUUUCCUCUUCUAUACAAGUACUUUCAAGAAGCUCCCACCAACACGGUCUGCUGGACUGACAUUGCCCACUGGAUGUGGGCGCUCUUCAUGGAAACUUGGGGAUCGUGGAGAAAUGAUUGUCUAAAUCUUAGUCCUAUUCCUUAUACUGUGAGUGAUCCAGUAACAAAUCUUCCUUUGUGGCAUGUGCGGGCAGAGUCGCCAUUGUUGCUGUACGGUUUCAGCAAGGAAAUUGUGGAGCGCCCGGGAUAUUGGCCCUCCAGUGCUCAUGUUUGUGGUUUUUGGUUUCUUCCUAUGGCUUGGCAAUUUUCAUGUGACAAUUGCAGAGGGUUAUUGUGUGGUAAUGUUAAUCCUUCAUCUGAGGGUAUUCUAUGUGGAAAUCAUUCUGGCCUAGAACACUACCUCAUGGGAAGUUCUUAUUCGUCUUUACCAAUCUUUAUAGGAUUAAGUUCCAUUGGUAGGUACGUUUCUAGAGGUGAAUUAAAUGGUUUCUCUCAUGUGCAAAAUGACUUGUCAGCAUACUCAUCCAUGGUAUCAAUCUGCCGCAGCAUGGGUUUUCUUAGAAAUCCUAAAGCAUUUCUAAUGGUGAUUAAAGCUGUCAUAGAGUCAACAGAUUAUAGAUUUAUCCUUUUCUCAUCUGGAUACCAGCCACUAGAUUCAGCAAUCAGAUUUGUUGCUUCUUCAGUACCAGAAUCAAGUGAGUUAGAGGCAACUGCUCUUAGCUGCGACAGCACUCUCCUUUUCAAUAGUCGACUCUUUUGCUUUUCUGGAUCAAUACCAUAUAGCUGGCUUUUUCCUAAAUGUGCAGCUGCUAUUCACCAUGCUGGCAGUGGAUCUACAGCUGCUGCACUAUUUGCUGGCAUACCGCAGGUGGCAUGUCCAUUCCUGCUGGACCAGUUUUACUGGGCAGAGAGGCUACACUGGUUAGGAGUGGCGCCUGAGCCCCUAAAAAGACAACAUCUAGUCCCAGAUGUAGAUGACACAUUGAGCAUUAACAACGCUGCAGACGUGCUACUUGGAGCUAUCAGAUCAGCAUUAUCACCUGAAAUUAAAGCUCAAGCAACCAGAAUUGCUCAUAGACUUGCUCCUGAGGAUGGGGUUGGAGAAGCACUCAGGACCUUAAAGGAGAAAGUUCUGUGUGAAUAAAACUUGAUCCAUGAGAAUUUGUAGUCGUGCGACCAAAAACAUGUAAACUAUUUGUACUAAGCUUAGAAUUUGAAUUUGUGUGGACGUUGAUUUAUGUUGUUUAUGAACUGCUACACUGAAAAAGAUCAUGGUUAUGUUGUUUUUGUUGAUCGGAAUACAAUGGCUGUAUCACGAAGAA